CAGAGAGACACAUUCUCUUUUACUGAAUCUCAAAAGGCCAAAUAGAAAACAUGGACAAGCUUCCGUUGAGGAAGUACUUUGAUAAAAUCCGGUUUGUGUUUUUCACCUCCUUUAUUUUUUGUUUGUCAUUGCUUCUCUUGAAUUAUUAUAUGACUGCCUGUGAUUAUGGCGUUACCUUUUUACUCUUCAACAUGAAUGAUGCAAAACAAGCACACAUGCCCAAACCCUCAAAUUCUUGUUCAGGCCAAUACAUCUAUGUUUAUGAUCUUGCUAGCAGGUUCAAUGAGGAUUUGCUGAAGGGGUGUCACUCUCUCAGUAAGUCGAUAGAUAUGUGCCCUUACAUGUCUAACUUAGGCCUUGGACCUAAGGUUAGUAAGAAAUCCAAUGAGAAGGUUUUGUUGAAGGAAAGCUUCUAUGCAACCAACCAAUUUUCACUAGAGGUUAUUUUCCAUAACACACUGAAGCACUACAAGUGCUUAACCAAUGAUUCCUCACUGGCUUCUGCUAUAUAUGUACCCUACUAUGCUGGCCUUGAUGUGGUUCAAUACCUCUGGGGUGGCUUCAAUGUUUCAAUCAGAGAUGCUUCACCAAAAGAACUAGUGAAAUGGCUUGCACAACAACCCGAAUGGAAAAGAAUGUGGGGUAGGGAUCAUUUCAUGGUUGUAGGGAGAAUUGGUUCGGACUUCAGGAGAAGAACAGAAAAUAAUGAUGACUGGGGAACCAAGCUAAUGCUUUUGCCAGAAGCAAGAAACAUGCCAAUUUUGUCAAUUGAAUCUGGUUCAAAGGAAAAUGAGUUUUCAAUCCCAUAUCCAACUUACUUUCACCCCUCUAAGGAUAAGGAGGUUUUUCAGUGGCAGAAAAAAAUGAGAAAAGUGAAAAGGCCUUACUUGUUCUCAUUUGCAGGUGCUCCAAGGCCUUAUUAUAAUUACUUAUCCUCCAUCAUCCGAAAUGAGAUAAUCAAAGAAUGCCAAUCCUCUAGGAGUUGCAAACUUCUAAAUUGCAAUGCUGGUCAUAAUUAUUGCAAUGAUCCUGUGCAUGUUACAAAGGUGUUUCAGAGCUCAGUUUUCUGUUUACAGCCUCCAGGGGAUUCAUUCACUAGGAGAUCAACUUUUGAUUCAAUUUUGGCAGGUUGCAUUCCUGUUUUCUUUCAUCCAGAAUCAGCAUAUAACCAAUAUUUGUGGCAUUUACCCAAAAAUGGUUCUAGCUACUCUGUGUACAUACCCGAAAGAGAUGUCAUAGAGAAGAGAGUAACGAUCAAUGAGAAAUUGUCUAAAGUUCCAAAAAGUGAAGUAUUGGCAAUGAGAAAGGAGAUUAUAAGACUUAUUCCAAGAAUAAUAUAUCGUUAUCCAAGUUCUAGAUUAGAAUCCGUUGAAGAUGCAUUUGAUAUAGCAGUUAAGGGUAUUCUUGGGAGAAUAGAAGCAAUAAGAAGGAACAUUACAAAUGUCAAUUAUACCAUUUCCUAGCGUGCAGGAGAAGGAGACAAGGAUUCUAUGUUCAAAUAUACAGUCAUGUGAAAUUACAAAUUAAAUAAAAGAAUUCAGAAAAUAUAGCCCUUGUUCUGGUUCUGGAUAAUGGACAUCUACCUUGUAUGGAGUUCAUUUAUUUGUAGAAGAAAAUCUUUGAAUCUAUAACAGGGUUAUUUCUCAAA